UUUUUAAUAUUUUAUCAUAAUUUAAGUAAAUUUUACUUGAAUUAAAUUUAAUUUUAAAACAAAAUUUUAAAAUUUUAAUAAUAGCAGCUUCGAGAUGGAUACUAAAAUAGAUAUAUGGAUUGAGAAAUAUAGACCAACCACUCUCGAUGAUAUAAUUGGGAAUCCAGAAAUCACUACGCGUUUACAAUUCAUAGCCAAAGAGGGGAAUAUGCCUAACCUACUCCUUUGUGGUCCACCUGGAACUGGAAAAACUACGUCAGUUUUAUGUUUGGCUAGGGAAUUGCUUGGAACACACUUCAAAAGUGCCGUCAUUGAACUUAACGCAAGCGACGACAGGGGCGUUGAUGUUGUAAGAGAGAGUAUUAAGAACUUUGCCAAGAAAUCUCUCGUUCUGCCCCCAAAUAAGCAUAAGAUCGUCAUUCUCGACGAAGUGGAUUCUAUGACAGAACCUGCUCAACAAGCUUUGAGGAGAAUUAUGGAGUUAUACUCUAGUACUACAAGGUUUGCACUGGCGUGUAAUCAGUCGAAUAAGAUAAUUGAACCAAUUCAAAGCCGUUGUGCUGUUAUUCGGUACUCAAAGCUUCAAGAUGAGCAGAUAUUGAAGAGACUAGUUACCAUUUGCGAUAUGGAGAAUUUAACAUAUACUGACGAAGGAAUGGAAGCGUUGUUAUUCUCUGCAGAUGGUGAUUUGAGACGAGCUGUGAAUAAUUUACAAAUAGUAUCUGCAGGAUUUAAAGUAGUGACAAAGGAUAACGUUUUUAAGGUUUGUGAUAUACCGUCUCCCGAUUUAAUACAAAAAAUGCUCGAGAAUUGUUUAAAUGGUAAUUGGCGCCAGGCUCAUGAGAAAGUCGAUCAGUUGUUAGAACUAGGACAUUCUCCUGUGGAUAUACUAGUAACGAUGAGAAAUGUACUGAAAACCAUGGACGCGCCUGAGCAUGUGCUUUUGGAAUACAUUAAGAGUGUGGCUUUAUCCCAUAUGACAAUGGUUAAUGGAUUAUCCACUCAACUACAACUAGAGAAACUACUGGCGAAUUUAUGCAAGAUCGCACUGGCACUAAGAACUACCUAAUUUAUUAGCAUAUAA